AUGUUAGAAAUAUUGGCUGCAUAUAAUGAAAAAGUUGCUGGAGUUAUCUUAGAUAAAGCUCCCAAAAAUGCCUCUUACACAUCCUCAAGAGAAGUUAUUCAUGUUCACCACUUUUUCACGAAAUUGACUUCUAUUAUCAAUAUUGUUGGUGCUUCAUGCAAGCGUAAUGAUGAACUGAAAAAUGCUCAAGCUGCUGAAAUUGAGCACAUGAUUGCAAUUGAUGAGCUCGAGAGUGGGAAAGGAGUGAACCAAAUUGGCACCUUACAACGUGCUGGUGAUACUCGUUGGGGUUCUCAUUUGAAAUCGAUUACUAGCUUGGUAAAUAUGUUUAGUGCAACAUGCAUAGUUCUAAUUAAUAUAAUUGAUAACAGAACUACUUAUUCUCAACGAGGAGAUGCUGAUGCAGUUUAUGAGGCAAUGACUUCAUAUGAAUUUGUCUUUAUCUUACAUCUUAUGAAAGAACUUAUGGAGAUCACUAAUGAUCUUUGUCCAGCUUUGCAAUGUCAAUCCCAAGACAUCAUAAAUGCCAUGAAUCUUGUUUCUUCCACUAAAGCACUCAUCCAAGAAUUAAGAGAUGAUGGAUGGGAUUCUUUGCUUACCAAGGUGAAUUCUUUUUGUGAAGCACGGAACAUAGAUAUCCUAGAUAUGAAUGCUUGUUAUAUUGCAAGACGAGGUAGAGCUUGCCAUCAACAAGAUGAUUUUACUAUUAAGCAUUAUUAUAUGAUAGAUAUUUUUUAUGCUACAAUAGAUUCUCAACUUCAAGAAUUAAAUAGCAGAUUUAGUGAUCAAACAACAGAGCUACUUAUUAUGGGGUCGGCUUUGGAUCCUCGUGAAGUGAAUAAAUCUUUUAGGAUUGAUGAUAUUUGUCAAUUGGUAGAUAAGUUAUAUCCACAAGACUUUGAAGAUCAUGAGAAGAUAGGUUUGAGAAGACAACUUCAACAUUUUGAGAGUGACGUCGUUAGACUUCCAGAGUUCAAAAACUUGUCAAGAAUUUCUGAUCUAUCUCAAUGGAUGGUAACGACUAGAAGAUCAACGACAUAUCCACUUGUUUAUAGAGUGGUUGUGCUUGUGCUUACUCUUCCUGUUUCUACAGCAACUGCAGAGCGAUCAUUUUCUGCUAUGCGUAUAGUAAAAACUAGGCUCCGUAACAAGAUGGAAGACGAAUUUCUCACAGACUCUUUGAUUAUGUACAUCAAAAGGGAAAUUGCAGAAAAGUUUAGUAUUGACUCAAUCAUAGAUGGUUUUCGAGAUAUGAAAGAACGACGAGUGUUAUUCUGA